AUGGCGAGCCCCACUCUGAGCCCCGACUCCUCGUCUCAGGAGGCCCUGUCGGCCCCCACCUGCUCCCCCACCUCUGACUCUGAGAACCUCAGCCCCGAUGAGCUAGAGCUACUGGCCAAACUCGAAGAGCAGAACCGGCUCCUGGAAGCCGACUCCAAGUCCAUGCGCUCCAUGAAUGGCUCCCGGCGUAACAGCGGCUCCUCGCUGGUGUCCAGCUCCUCAGCCUCCUCCAACCUGAGCCACCUGGAGGAGGACACAUGGAUCCUGUGGGGCCGGAUUGCCAACGAGUGGGAGGAGUGGCGGCGCAGGAAGGAGAAGCUGCUCAAGGAGCUGAUCCGCAAGGGCAUCCCGCACCAUUUCCGGGCCAUCGUGUGGCAGCUCCUGUGCAGCGCCACAGACAUGCCAGUCAAGAACCAGUACUCGGAGCUGCUCAAGAUGUCCUCACCUUGCGAGAAGCUCAUCCGCAGGGACAUUGCCCGCACCUACCCAGAGCAUGAGUUCUUCAAGGGCCAGGACAGCCUGGGCCAGGAGGUGCUCUUCAAUGUCAUGAAGGCCUACUCCCUGGUGGACCGGGAGGUGGGCUACUGCCAGGGCAGCGCCUUCAUCGUGGGCCUGCUCCUCAUGCAGAUGCCCGAGGAGGAGGCCUUCUGUGUGUUCGUGCGGCUGAUGCAGGAGUACCGCCUGCGGGAGCUCUUCAAGCCCAGCAUGGCAGAGCUGGGGCUCUGCAUCUACCAGUUCGAGUACAUGCUACAGGAGCAGCUCCCAGACCUGAACACCCACUUCCGCUCCCAGAGCUUCCACACGUCUAUGUAUGCCUCCUCCUGGUUCCUCACGCUCUUGCUGACCACCUUCCCACUGCCCGUCGCCACACGUGUCUUUGACAUCUUCAUGUACGAGGGCCUGGAGAUCGUGUUCCGGGUGGGCCUUGCCCUGCUGCAGGUGAACCAGAUGGAGCUGAUGCAGCUGGACAUGGAGGGGAUGUCCCAGUACUUCCAGAGGGUAAUCCCCCAUCAGUUCGACAGCUGCCCGGACAAGCUGAUCCUCAAGGCUUACCAGGUCAAGUACAACCCCAAGAAGAUGAAGAGGCUGGAGAAGGAGUACGCAGCCAUGAAGAGCAAGGAGAUGGAGGAGCAGAUCGAGAUCAAAAGGCUUCGGACAGAGAACCGGCUCCUCAAGCAGCGGAUUGAGACCCUGGAGAAGGAGAGCGCUGCUCUGGCUGAUAGGCUAAUCCAGGGGCAGGUGACACGAGCGCAGGAGGCUGAGGAGAAUUACGUCAUCAAGAGGGAGCUGGCAGUGGUGCGGCAGCAGUGCAGCUCAGCGGCCCAGGACCUGCAGAAGGCACAGAGCACCAUCCGGCAAUUGCAGGAGCAGCAGGAUAACCCGCGCCUCACCGAGGACUUUGUGGCCCACCUGGAGACGGAGCUGGAGCAGUCACGGCUGCGGGAGACUGAGACCCUGGGGGCCCUGCGGGAGAUGCAGGACAAGGUUCUAGACAUGGAGAAGAGGAACAGCUCGCUGCCUGACGAGAGCAACGUGGCGCGGUUGCAGGAGGAGCUGAAGGCGCUCAAGGUGCGGGAGGGUGAGGCCGUGGCCUCGGCGCGGGAACUGAAACUGCAGCUGCAGGAGCUCUCGGACACCUGGCAGGCCCAUCUGUCCCGCGGCGGCCGCUGGAAGGAGUCCCCGCGGAAGCUGGUCCUGGGCGAGCUGCAGGACGAGCUGAUGAGCGUGCGGCUGCGCGAGGCCCAGGCUCUGGCCGAGGGCCGCGAGCUGCGGCAGCGCGUGGUGGAGCUCGAGACGCAGAGCAAGGAGGAGGUGAUGGCCGUGCGCCUGAGGGAGGCGGACAGCAUGGCGGCGGUGGCCGAGAUGCGGCAGCGCAUCGCCGAGCUGGAAAUCCAGAGGGAGGAGGGCCGCAUCCAGGGCCAGCUGAACCACUCGGACUCGUCGCAGUACAUUCGCGAGCUCAAGGACCAGAUCGAGGAGCUGAAAGCCGAGGUGCGGCUUCUGAAGGGCCCGCCGCCCUUCGAGGACCCACUGGCCUUCGACGGGCUCGGCCUGGCGCGGCACCUGGAUGAGGACUCGCUGCCGUCGUCGGACGAGGAGCUGCUCGGCGUGGGCGUGGGCGCGGCGCUGCAGGACGCGCUCUACCCGCUGUCCCCGCGCGACGCGCGCUUCUUCCGCCGUCUGGAGCGGCCGGCCAAGGACAGUGAGGGCAGCUCAGACAGCGAUGCCGACGAGCUGGCCGCGCCAUACAGCCAGGGCCUGGACAACUGA